ACAAGCAUUAAUAAAUAAUAAUCCUUUGUCUAGUUAUCUUCUUGUGGGUUUUGUUGUGUGGCCGUUAUUUGCAGGAAAUGGCUUCGUGUGCCAUCUCAAACACAAUUCAGACCGUCAAGAACUCGAAGAGAAGAAGUCCGUACAACGGUCUAUUUGGUUGGAACUCCGGCGAGAAAAUAGACAAUCUCCGGCCGCCGCAGCAACCGCUCUACCGCGAGGAUGUCCCAAUUCCUUUCUCUCUUUCGUUGGUAAACAAAACCUUUCUAAAGGGAAGAGAGUUAAAAUGUUGCUACAAGGCAAGUGUUGAUGGGUUUAGUGCAACAAAGUUCCAUGAACAUUGUGAUUUCAAAGGUCCAUGUGUUAUCAUAGCUUACACACAAAACAAGUCUUUCAAGUUUGGUGCAUUUAGCCCCGAAGGCUAUAGAAGUACUGAUGAUUAUUACGACACAUUCGACGCUUUCCUUUUCUAUUGGCUCGACGAUUGCGAUGACCCAAUCAUCCUUCCAAAAGUUGGAGGAAGUGGAGCGGCUCUAUUUGAUUAUGCACGAGGAGGGCCUCAAUUUGGAGCUGAUGGGCUUCUUAUUGGACCGCCUUUAGCUCCUGUGAUGGGCGGGUUUGCGGGUCCGGAUACAAACUCUGGGAUUGGUGAUUUGAGGAUGGCUAAAUCAAGAUUGGGUUUGUCAUAUGCUAAGAGGAAAGAUGGAAAAGAAUCCAUCUUUGGAGAUGAAAGUAAGGGAAAUUCACAAUUACGGUUCCCAAGUAUUUGAACUACCGAAUUCGAAUAUCCACCAUAGUUAUUAGCAGAUUUGAAUGACUGUGAGAUGGAGAAUCCAUUUGCAUUCGAUAAUUAUGAAGAAGCUCAUCCUAUGAACAAUGAAGUCAUAAACUAUCAUGUUCUUUGGUAAAAAAACAAUAGAAUUCACUAGAUGUAUCAAGAAUCAAGAUCUAACUAAGAUCUCAUCUAUUGAAUAUAUUGAUGCUUUUCUGUGUGUACACGUAGUAU